CUCGAGGCGCGUCACAACGUGCCAAUUUACGCGUGUCUGGACCUCAACUUCACUUUCCCACUCCCGCCCAGUCUCGAGUUCAACUUGACCAAACCCCGGGCCCGGCCUCGAACCCAGCUUUCCCAUACCCUCGUGCACGCAAGAGGGCCUUGAUCCCCCAAGUCGCUCGCUACAAUGGUGCUCUGUCCAAUAUGCAAUCAAACUGUCAAAUCGUCCGAGAUCAACAGUCACAUUGACUCGGGCUGCACGACCUUUGUCGUCGACGCCGCGCCCGUUGCCACCAACACAAGCAGCAACACCGGCUCCAAUCCCUCGUCAUCGCAGGCUCACCCACAAACACAACCCCCGUUGCAGGCACAACAGCAGCCGCAGCCCCCAGGCCCCCCUCCCCCGUCCACCAUGAAGAGGUCUGCCGCCGACUUCUUCGCCACGCCCGCUGCAAAACGCCAGGCCACCUCCUCCUCCAAGGUCCUAACCCCGGUCGUCAACGGGUCGAGCGCCCCCACGCCCCGGCCAUCCCCCGGCUACUCGGCUGUCAAGACCAUCGGCGUCAAGAGAUCCUUCGACCAGGGGCCGGGCAGCUCGCCGCCUGCCCACGCCGCUGGCGGCGGCUCCCCUCAGGACACCCCCAUGGCCGAGGCCCAGCCUCUGUCGCUGCUUGCGCCGCCUGUCAAGAGACACAAGUCCAACCCUAACGCUCCUCUGGCGGAACGAGUACGACCGACCACCCUCGACGACAUCGCCGGCCAGGACCUCGUGGGGCCAAACGGCGUCCUGCGUGCCCUGAUACAGUCUCAGUCCUUGCCCUCUAUCAUCUUGUGGGGCGGCUCAGGCACAGGCAAGACCACCAUAGCCCGCGUCAUUGCCAAUAUGGUCGGAAGCCGCUUCAUCGAGAUAAAUGCAACCUCCAGCGGUGCUGCCGAGUGCAAGAAGCUGUUUCAGGACGCUGCCAACGAGCUCUCGCUCACCGGGAGGAGGACAAUCAUCUUUUGCGACGAGAUACACCGCUUCACAAAGGCCCAGCAGGACGUCUUCCUCAAGCCUGUCGAGGCCGGCACCAUCACCUUGGUUGGGGCCACCACCGAGAACCCGUCCUUCAAGAUCCAAGCCGCCCUCCUGUCCCGUUGUCGGACCUUCACCUUGCAGAAGCUGUCAAACGAGCACGUCCGGGGCAUCUUGACACGGGCCCUGAAGCACGCCUUCGAGGACGACACCUCCAGGCUGCCGCCCCUGGUCGACGAGGAGCUUCUCGCCUAUCUUUCCGCCUUCGCCGACGGUGACGCCCGGACAGCGCUAAACCUCCUGGAGCUUGCCAUCUCGCUUGCGACCAAACCGCCCGCGGACCCGUCUUCGCCACUCACAAAGGACGACAUCAAAGCUGCGCUCACCAAGACCCUGGUAUACGACAGGGCCGGCGACCAGCACUACGACACGAUAUCGGCCUUCCACAAGGCGGUGCGCGGCUCUGACAGCGACGCCGCACUCUACUACCUCGCACGCAUGUUGCAGUCGGGCGAAGACCCGUUGUUUGUCGCCCGGCGCAUGGUGGUCAUUGCAUCCGAAGACGUGGGCCUUGCUGACAAUUCGCUCUUGUCUCUCGCCACGGCGACUUAUACCGCGGUCGAGAAGAUCGGUAUGCCAGAAGCCCGCAUCCCCUUGGGCCACUGCGCAACCGCGCUGUGUCUCGCGCCCAAGAGCACACGUGCCUACCGCGGGCUCAACAAUGCCUAUGCCGCGUUGCGCGAGCCGGGUGUGGCCGGCCUGCCUAUUCCCAUACACCUGAGGAACGCGCCAACUCGGCUGAUGAAGGAGAUGGGGUACGGGAAGGAAUACAAGUACAAUCCCAACUACAAGGGCGGCAGGGUCAGGCAGGAUUACCUACCUGACCAACUGCUGGGACGGAGGUUUCUAGAGGACAGGGACCUGGGGACAGAGGUCGACCCUGAUUUGGAUAUGGAGGGUUGAGGCUCUCGGUUGCCAGUUGCUCGGCCAGUUGAGACAAAGCGUCUAUACAAGCAUAAAAGGCGUCUUGGAUACCGAUCUUGGUCUCUGAAUAUCUCGCCAUCAUUGCCAAGCAAGAUAGAGACUGUUUGGACUGCGGGAGGGUGAGCCAGGUGCAUCGUACGCAUCUCCCCGCCAGAGGAGGCGCAAUGGUGCAGGAUAACGGUCUAGGAACCAUUCGUAUCUGACUCAUGAGCACUGUGAUGGGCUCUCUUCGGUGUUGGUCUCGAGAUUCGAUCCACCGCCCCGGUGUCGCAGUAGAUGCUGUGGGGGGGGGGGGGGUUGCUGCAGUGCGUAUCACUGAAGCAGAAGCAGAGAAAGGAAAGAUACAUGGCAGGCGCUGGUUUCAGCGUGCCCCAGUCGACCUCUUCAAAAACGUAGUUGGCCAAUCAAUAACCAGGCCACCUCCUCGCCUGGACGAGCAGCCGGGUCAAAACUCUCGAUGCACACCACAACCUUUUCCCGCGCAAUGUCUCAGCUACUACAAUUCGAAAUGCCGUCCCUUGUCAGACAUUUUUAAACACAGACGAUUUGGUAGGUAGAGAUGUCCUGCUGGCCACGGCGGCCAAUGUUUUGAUCUAUGUCUUCGAUGCCCAGCCGAAUAUCGAUUGGCGGAUGCGUGUGGCCUCGGUAUCCAGGUUCGUCGCAGGAUUGAUGUCAACCUCGGAAGGCAGAGGUUCGAAGGCUAUGCGCUCAAGCAUGCCCUUUUACACAGUCAAUGGUGUGGGUUUCCUCCCAGGGACACGUGUGCACGCCAGGGAAUCGGCCAAGGGUCUCCUCGUCGGCCUUAGCUGCGAUAUACACGAUGUGGUGUGGAUGAGGUGGAACUUGACAGCAGCAAUACUGCACUCCAAGCUCUGUGAAAUGCGUGUCGAACGGCAGGAUGGAGACGCCUGAGGCCACAAGAGUUG